AUGUCCAGCAAAAGGAAUCGAGCAGCCUUCGAGGCUGACUUGCAAUCACAUCAGUCUCCCUACGCCUUCUUCGGAACCCCUCUUCCACCGCUAGAUGACCGCGUCCGGGACGAUGGAUCAUACAAGCCGGUCUGGAAACAGGAGGUGACCGAUGACCGGGGAAGGAAACGCCUCCAUGGUGCCUUCACCGGCGGAUUUAGUGCCGGGUACUUCAACACUGUCGGAUCGAAAGAGGGAUGGACCCCUGCGACCUUUGUCUCAUCUCGACAGAACCGCGCCAAACCAGCCCAAGAACAACGACCGGAGGAUUUUAUGGAUGAAGAGGACAUACAUGAAGCAGAGGAGGCGAAGCGACUAGCCACCACCGAUGAAUUUACGGGAUUUGGAUCCACGAAGACUGAUUCUACCCGUCGUGGAGGAUUAAUGGACCUUCUCAAAACUGGCGGUGAAACCAUGGGCGUUAAGCUGUUGAAGAAGAUGGGCUGGAAAGAAGGCCAAGGGGUUGGUCCCAAAGUCCGACGUAAAGCCAAUCUCGGAGACGGAUCAGGCCCCGGGGGGUCCGAGGCCAACAAGACGUACCUAUUCGCACCGGAAAACCCGCCGAUGGUUGCCUUUAUACAUAAGACAGAUCAUAAGGGACUUGGAUUCGAGGGCGAAUCGCGCCUAAAGUCCCACAACGUCGGGGAUGGCGCAUCGGAGGACGAGGAUCACUUCUUCGGCCGGCGACUAAUAGGCCAGGGCAAAUCAAGGCAACCAAAACCCAAAGAACCCCGCCGCGGAGCCUUUGGCGUUGGUGUACUGAAUGAUACUGGAUCAGAUGACGAGGAUCCGUACUCGUUGGGACCGCAGAUUUCCUAUAACCGGGUUAUCGGAGGUGACAAGAAGAAGAAAAAGAAGAGCUCUGCCGAAAUUGGGAAACCGUCAGUAUCAUCGUCAAACCCUCUUUUCAACAGCAAGCCGGUAUUUAUAUCGAAGAAGGCUAUCGCGGCCAAGAACUCGGCCGGCUUCCGGAAAUGUCACGACGGCCGUUUGCCCUUAGAUGGUUUUCUCCUCGCCGACGGCAUAUCAGGCCUCUCGAUUUCAUCACAGGAGAAGAAAUACGCGCCUCCUGAGAUUCCUAAAGACUGGAAGUCCAAUAAAGCGCCGUCCAAUGAGAGAGAUGAUUCCAACUAUAUUUCUACAGCGGAGGCCGCCAAAGCGUCCUCGCUGGAUCCCACAUCUAGGGCUGCACUUUUGGGGGAGACCCAGCUACCGGGGAAGUCUAUCUUCGAUUGGAUGACCCCCGAGGCUCGAGAGAGGAUCAUGAAGCUUACGGGGAAAACCGAUCUACCACCUGCUUUAGGUGAAAAGGCUCCAAAAGGCUACGAGUUAACCGAUUCGCAGCGGCGGAAGGACUUAUGGGAUCUUGUUCCGAAGCUGGAUAAGCAGCUCGCUGUUCAGGCUUUGACCAGAGCAGCUAGUGGUUGGAUGCCUUAUUCCGAUGAUCAGGAUAAGCGCUCCCGCUAUCGCACAUUUCUCGAGGUGCAUGCUGGGCUCCGAGAUACAUUACCAGAGCGAGUCCCUGGCUCGAGCACGGAUGAAUGGGCUGCAGAACUCUACGAGUUUGCGCGGGCAGCUGAGGUAUUCAAACCAAUGUCGGGGCUGAUGGCCUCACGGUUUACCUCCGCAUCCUCAGGACCCAAGGGAUCAUCCGAGGAGACCACCCCCUCUACUGACCCGUUACUCAGUAAACCGACCGAGAAGCCUGAAGACCCAGCUGCGGCAGCUGCAAAGAUUGGGAUGUUUGGACCGAUGACUCGGACCAGCACUUCCUUCUACCCCUCGCGUCUCCUGUGCAAACGAUUCAAUGUGAAACCUCCAGACCAUGUGCAACUCGACCCUGGGGCACAACUGGGACGCGCAGAGCCCGCGUCGGGUGGGCGCUUCCAGUCAGCCGGAUAUCAGACCGAGCCUAGAACCAAGGAAUUGGUUUCUCAGGAUGUAAUAAACCGGCUCAUGUCAGAGACUGGAGUGUCCGCUUCUACCACCACCGGAGCGCCUGUCGCACCCGAGAAACGUCAACCAACAGCAAUGGAACCCGAGCGCAACGAGGCACUGGAGGCGGAGCGACCGGGAGAGGCUGUUUUCAAAGCGAUCUUUGGGAGCGACGAUGAGGAUGAAGAGGUGUGA